GUGUCAGUUGUUCACCCCGGGCGAUAAGAUAGCGGCGCACCGCGAAGAUAUUUCAAGACGACUGUGUCGCAGUCCGUCAGUAUCCACCCGAACGUGUGCAUAGUGAACAUGGUGACGACAUUUGCGUGGACGCAUUCAUGGAUCGCUGUUUCUAUCUCAGUCAGCGUUCUGUUGGUCCUCUUGGCGUUUUUAUUCAUCUGUUUGUGUUACAAUACUGACCACGCGACCGAUCAACAACGAUACUAUGUUUUGGACGAACAUGGAAUCAAGCGCAUGCCUGGCCCGGCAAACCUGCGGCCCAAUUUUGGUUUUUCUAAGGGCGGGUUAAUCCUGCUGGCGAAGAACUCCGGACCUCCUGAUCGGCAGUUUUUGGACUCGUUGGACUUCGACAAGCAGUUUACCAACUCCGUGCUGCAAAUUGACGCAUGCGCAAAACAACCGGGAGGUGAAGAUGACGACUGGAAGUCGUGCAUCAGCGAAGGAGCCACGCGCAGAAAUUCGAUGGUGUCCGUUAUAAGCGCAGUGUCUGAUCCAGGACAGUUUAUGAGCAAGCCUACCAUUCAUAUGGUUUAGUUAUGGUUUCAUUAUAAGCCACAGGAUGAACUAAAACAAGAUAAAUAUUAAAAUUGUUCAUAAAAUAUUAGUACCUGGGUAAAACUGUAUAAUUCUGUGGUGUAAAUUAUGAUACAACUUAACACUUAGUUCAUGCAUGACAUCAUAGAUCAAGUUUCAUUGUUUGUGUUGUAUUUUAAAUAAGAUUUUGCAUGUUGUAUCCUUGUACAUAUAUAAUACUGAUUCAUAAGCAAGCAUUAAAAUGUAGAUUAAUCAUCAGCCCAUUUACAAAAGGGCACAAACACAAGCAGUAAUUAUCUCAAAAAUACAGAUGUGAUAUAUGUUUACAA